UCUACAUGCUUUACUAUGGAUUGAAAAUCCUCCUUCUACAGAUACAACUGAAGGACGCCAAGAAAUACUUGCUUUUGUUGACAAAUUUCUUACUACUGAAUUACCUGAUCGAGAUGCUCAGCCAGUUCUUUACAAAUUAGUUCGUAAAAAACAAUGGCAUACACACACGUUCACCUGUACCAAUUAUACGCAUUCGAAGAGGAAAAAAAAAUUAACACAUGAACAAAAACAUGAAAUACAAGACAAUACAGAUUAUAUUAGCAGUAUAAAUCGAAAUAAUGAAGAUGAAAUAUACGAAAAAAUAGAUCCAGACGAUGAUCCUGAUUUAAUUCAAACAAAGGUCGAAAGACGAGAAUUUUUUGAAAGAGCUAGAUGCCGUUUUGGAAAACCUGAUCCAUUAGCUACAAAUACACAUUUUCGUACACAUAAAGAAGCUAGAAUAUUGACACGUGGUGAUCGUGAUAUUAUUAUGAAAAGAACAACAGAAGAAUCACGCCGUAUUGUUCCAUAUAAUAUCAAUUUACUUAAAACAUUUAAAUGUAAUCACGAUAUACAAAUUGUAACUGAUCCAUGGGCGGCAGCUGAGUAUCUCUUUUCUUAUAUUAGUAAAGAGGCUCAUAUGGAAAAGGAUCUCGUGCAAAAGUUAGCUGGAUGUGCAUGCUCAACUCUUGAAGAAGCGAGAAAAGUUUUACUAAAAGCUGGCAAUGCUGUUUUAUCACAUAGACAGAUUGGAAAAAUUGAAGCUGCUUGGUUAAUUUUAGGUAUUCCAUUGUAUCGGUGUUCAAUGGCCACAGUUCACUUAUACAUAUCUCUACCAUCUCAUGAAGACCGUAUAUUAAAAAACCCAAAUGUAAAUAUGGAAUCAAUUACUGAAGAUGAUUUUGUUACAACAAUAAUUCAUCGAUAUUCACAACGACCUUCGGUACCAGAGGUGAUUAAUAAUCUUACUUUAUUUGAGUUUGCAGUAUGGUUCGCAACUGAUUAUACUGAUUCGACAUGUGAAGAUAUUAAUAACAAUACACUAAUACCUAAUCCAUUAUGGCGUACCAACUAUGAUCAACCACCAUUAUUGAAAACUUCAAGACGACUUUCACGUAUUAUACUAACAUCUGGUCAAAAAAUGCGUCAACACGAAAAUCCUAAAUGUGUGACAUUCACUUGUCUUCAUGAUCAUACUGCACAGUCUAUUUAUACUCUAUUGUGCUUAAAUAUUCCUUUUCGAGAUUCAGUGGUUGAAUUCUUAGGUGGUAAACAAGAACCAGAAAUAUAUGAUCUACAUCAAGUACUUCUACAACACAAAAUAGAAAUUUCUACUCGUAUUUUAACAUUACCUCAAACGUAUCGUAUUCAACUAAAAAAUCUACUGGACCAUUUAAUCAAUAUUAAUAAAGAAAAUUUUAAAAUUAAUCAUCGAGAAUCUUAUAUAUUUACAAAUCCAAUCGAACAUGAAGAUGAUACAAUUGACAAACCAUCAACAGAUAAUGAUCUUACACAAGCAUUUAUAACAACUGACAACAACUCGUUUACAAAUUUCGACACUAGCACUUGCCUAUCGUUUCAAGCAUUAUCAGAUUUGACAAAUACAGCUAAUCCUCAACAGAAAUAUGUUCUUGAUUUUAUUCAAAUGUAUUUGAAUCACUUGUUGAUGCACUCUAGGCGACCAACACAUGUACAAAAGCCGAAAUCAUUUCAUAUUGUUGUCAAUGGUCUGGCAGGAUCUGGUAAAUCUUAUGUUAUUUCUAUAAUUGAAAAAAUGCUUAACGAAUAUUGCAUUGCUGAAUCUGCUGGAGUUUCGCGUGCUCGUAAAAAUUUUGGUUUACUUAAAAUGGCUCAUACAGGAAAAGCAGCGUUGAAUAUCCAUGGUUCUACUAUACAUUCGGCUCUUGAAAUUUGUCCAGACGGAAGUUCAUCACCAAACAAAUUAAAUUCUUUUAAAUUUCAUACCCUAAGAAACAAACUCAAUGGAUUGUUGUUGAUAAUCAUAGAUGAAAUUUCGCUUGUUUCACAUGCAUUAUUUCAAAAAAUUAAUAAACGUUUAAAUGAAAUAUUUCGUACACUUGAUAAAUGCGAUGUUUAUUUUGGUGGUAUUCCUGUUAUCGUAUUCGGUGACAUGGCUCAGAUUGAACCUGUCGCAGCUAAACAAGUAUUCUAUCGUCCAUUAGGUGAAUUAUUUUCUUUAUGGCAUGACUUAUUCAGACCUAUAAACUUUGAUAUUAAUAUGAGACAAGGAGAUGAUCGGCUCUUCUUUGAUUGUUGUUUGGAUGAAGACACAGAAUAUCUAAUAAAAUCAAGAAGUAUACGUCAACAAGACAAUCCUGAAAGCUAUCAAGAACGAUUGAAAGAGUUAAAUUCACCUGAUUUUCAAGAUGCUGUUCAUGCGUAUGGAGUUCGAAAAUUGACAAAUUUAAGAAACGUAGAAAAAUUAAAAAAGCAUGCAUCUGCUUCAAAAAAUCCUAUUUUUAUGAUUAAUGCUGUAGAUAGAGUAGCCAUGAUUAAUACGUCUUUCUUCAACUCUAGUAAAACAAGUAAUAGAACUUGCAAAAUUAAUCUUAAACCAUCACCUGAUGAAAAUAAAUGUGGUUCACUGUACCGUCGACUGCCUAUUUGUGUCGGUGCACGCGUUAUUAUUAGACGCAACAUCGAUCAAGAUAACUCCGUUAUUAAUGGAAGUGAUGCCAUAAUAAAAAAUAUAGUUUGGGAAGAUUCUACAGAUUUUCUUUUACCACCAGCAGAGUCCGAAGACAUAUUUUCUGGAUUGUCAAAUGUUAUUAACGCAAAACUACCGAAAUAUGUAGAACUCGAAUUAUUCAAUGGUCAAACAUAUAAAUUAGAACCUCAGGAAACUCGAUUUAAUGACAUGAAUAAUAUCAGCAUGACUCGUGUACAAUUGCCACUUGCACUUGGUUAUGCGAUAACCAUACAUAGAACUCAAUGUAUGACAUAUUCAAAAUUAGUUAUUGAUCUUGCUGGUAAAUAUUGGAAACCUGAUGGUUUAAAGGAGAUUGAACGUUUACAGAGAAUUGAAAGAGAAAAUCCAAUUAAAUUCGAUGACUAUUUAAACGAAGCACAUAGUAUUUCUGAUCCAAAUCGUAGUUAUACAUCUAAUGUCAAUAAUAAAGAAAAAAAGAAUAAAACAUCACAAAAUAAUUCGAAACAUACUAAUAAACGUUUGAAAGUUAUAAACAAUAUUAAUAUAAACAAUGCUACCAACGUUGAUGAUGAUACCAAUAUGGUUGAUGAUAUCAUUAAACCAGAGGAUGUAAUAAUUUGUGAAAAACAGCGUCUUUUAUUUUGUGGCGGUCAUGCUCUUCGAGCUCUUGUACAAGACAGACAAAUAUUUCAUGAUACAUAUCUAAUUAGUUUAGCAGAAGAACUUGCAACCCAAGAACUUAUACUUCGUCCACAUGUAACUACAGUUAGACAAUAUUAUUUCAAUUAUAUUACUGGCUAUUAUCAUAUUCAAGUUAUUCAAAAAGCUCUUCAACAACAAUAUAAUAUUGAACUCCUACAAUUGCGAGAAAAAGAUGAAACAUCAUACCUACAUCGUGAUUUGAUUAGAAAUCAUAUUCAUGAUGUGCAAGGUAAUAUAAGGAUAUGGUUUACUAAUCAACGUUAA